CCCAAGCUGCAGCCUUGCACUAGAAACACGUCCACCGUGUCCUCUGUGCGUGUCGCCACACAUGGCCUUAUAGCCUCACACCUCUACCCAUACUUCGACACUCUCGCUCGCCAAAGCGCGCAACCCAUCAUGCACCCCCUCACGUUUCUCUCCACCGCGCUGCUCGCCACAACCUCUCUCCUCUCCCCCACCUCCGCACUCCGCUCCGACAAAGUCAAACUCUCCAAAAUCCAGUCCCUCACCCUCCGCAAAGACGCGCCCACCAGCCACCGCCGCGUCUCCGCCAUCCCCCAGCUCAAAUGCAUUGGCGGCUCCGCGCGCGGGCACUACGAGGUCGACGUCAUGCGGUGCAAGAAUAGCGGCGCCGACUACGACGACGAAGCCAUCCAGUGGACGUGCACUGCGUCCCUUCCCGAGGAAUUCAAGCUGGGCUCGACAGACGUGAUAUGUGAGGGGUACGAUUACCCCGAAGACCCAUACAUCCUAAAGGGCAGCUGCGGCGUGGAAUACAGGCUUGUGUUGACGGAGAAAGGCGAGGAGAAGUUCGGGCGCAAGAAGCCGUGGUUUGGAGGCGAUGACGAUGGCGAGGGGCACCACAAGACGACUGGCGACAAGGUCGUUGCGUCGGUGUUCUGGCUUAUCUUCAUUGGGGUAGCAGCGUGGAUCGUGUUCAACGCGGUGCGUAACUGGGCCACAGGGCAAGGCGGAGCUGUGGGCGGCAAUCGACCGGGCUGGGGCGGCGGUGGAGGCGGUGGAUGGGGAGGUAACGACGACGAUCCGCCGCCGCCGUACGAUUGGCGCCCAGGACAGGGACGUGACAAGCGGAGUUAUGGCAGCACGGGAACCCAGGGGUGGAGGCCGGGAGCUUGGACUGGUGCUGCCGCUGGAGCGGCGGCUGGGUACGCGGCGGGGAGGAUGGGCGGCAGGAGCGGCAAUCAGACGGGUGGCUCUGGCUGGGGAAAUAGCGGCUGGAAUAACGGAGAGGGGAGCUCGCGGUCGUCGUCUGGGAGUUCGAGUUACUCGGGGACGAGACAUGAGAGCACGGGCUUUGGCUCGACGUCGAGGAGAUAGGCGGAGAGGUUCACUUUGGUUCGAGAUUGAUACCCAGCCGUUAUUACUACUUCCAUUGGCAAUUACAUGAUAGAAAUAUUAGCAAGCAG